AUGGGGCGGCUUCGCUGGCUUGACGGGAGUCGAGAAGGUCUUCUUGGGCGACGGUGCGUGUGGCAGUGGUUGGCUUUUUCGAGGAGAAGGUUGCUUAGCGAGUGGCUGAGGUUGCUGUGCAACAACCUGAUGAGGUUUGAAGGACGUUUUGACGACGUGUGGACCGUCGUGGUCAUCGUUGUCUCGGCCGUCGUCGUCAAAAGCAGGAGGAUGGUGGUCCCGGUUGUUGUCUGGUUGACGGAGGAGGAGCUGCGCUGGCUGUGGCUUCUUCCGCAUCGGACCGCUCCGGACUUCCUCGACGCCGUCCGCAUGGCGAAGUGUGCCGUGCAUGGUCACAGUCGAGAUCUUGUUUUCAAAUCGCGCCAGAAAGCUCAUGUCGAGGUCUCCGCGACCGGCGUCGGAUUCACGUCCGUGUCUCGAGGGAUCCAGGCGAGUUAUAUAUAG